AUGUCAAAACAACAACAAAAUCAAACUACGAUCAUCAGGGAUUUGCUAAGGGUGGUACAAAAUUUGGGUAGGCAACAAGCACAAGCUGGUCCCCAUGGUGCAAACGCUAACAACAUCAGCUCAAUUGUUAACGCUACAGGCCACUGGUGGAAGUCAGCAUCUCACACUAGAACAGAAGCACAACAACGUGCUUUGACGUGGACACAAUUUAAAGAUGAAGUGAUGGGAAAAUACUUUUCCCAAGCUCUGAGAGAUGAAAAGGAGACAGAAUUCCUUCAACUUAAACAGGGAAAAAUGAAGCUUAAGGAUUAUCAGAGAAAAUUCGAACAACUCUCUAGGUAUACACCACGCCUAAUGGACACUAAAGCAAAGAAAGCAAGGAGGUUUGAGCUAGGAUUGCGUACUGAGAUUGGUGGAAUACUGGCAUCCCACCAAUUUACCACCUAUAGCUAA